AUGCAUAGUCCAACUCGAUCACUUUUUUCUCCAACGGCAUCUCGAAUAACAAGUAUUAUUCCAGAAACAAGUGUUAUUAGUCCACGAUCAAUUUCAAGUCGUAGUGAAUUAGAAAUUAGUAUACAUACACUUCAAAAUGAACAAGAACGUGUUCAAAAGAAAACUUUUACAAAAUGGGUUAAUAUUUAUUUAUCAUUACAUGAACCACCUUUUUUUAUUAAUGAUCUCUUCGAAGAUUUUAAAGAUGGAACAAAACUUAUUGCAUUAUUAGAAGUACUUUCUGGGCAAACAUUACCUAUGGAACGAGGUAAUACACGAGCUCAUUAUCUUAGUAAUAUUAGUAAUGCAUUGAAAUUUCUUGAAAGUCGAAAAAUCAAACUAGUCAAUAUAGGUCCAAUUGAUAUUGCCGAUGGAAGGCCAACUAUUAUUUUAGGAUUAAUUUGGAUGUUAAUUUUAUGUUAUCAGAUUGAAGAUUCAAGUAUGUUCGAUGGAGAUUCAAAAGAUAAUCGUACUAAAGCAAAAGAAGCUCUACUUGAAUGGGUUCGAAAAAAGACAAGAGGAAGAAUGGAAGGAUUGGAUGUACGAGAUUUUACAUCGAGUUGGCGUGAUGGUCUUGCUUUUAAUGCAUUAAUUUAUUCAAUUCGACCUGAAUUAAUUGAUUUACGUCGUAUUUCAAGAAUGGACGUUCGUGAUCGAUUAGAGAAUGCUUUCAAUGUUGCUGAACAACAUCUUGGUGUACCACGUUUAAUUGAUGCUGAAGAUGUUGAUGUAACCAAACCAGACGAAAAAUCGAUUAUGACUUAUAUAGCUCAAUUCUCUCGCCGAUUCCCUGAUUUGGAGUACGUUAAACAAGCUAAAGAAUUUGUUGAAAAGCAAAAGCAAUGGAAAGCAUUCGAACGCAAAGAGUCCAAAUCUCCACAUUUUCCCGGUGAAAAAUUGAAAGAAUUAAAAGAUCAAUUUGACGACAUUGCUCAAAGAAUGAAUCGAUGGCGACAUAAAUUAGAUUUAAAUCUUCCAGGAGAUCUUCGUCAAAUUGCUGAAUGGGUCUAUAGAGCUGAAGAUGUUUUAGCACGAGGAAUUAAUUUUGAUCCAUCAAAUUUAACACCUGAAGAAAAUCUUCAACGUUUUAAUCAACUUCAUGAAGAACAUACGGCUAUUUUUACCGAUAAAGAAGUUAUUUCAACAAAAUUUCAACGUUUAAAACGUGAUCCAUCUAUUGUUAAUCAACAAGUAGCAAUAGAACAUUUAACAAAUUUAGAUGAACGUCUUAAUAUAAUAAUAAAUAGUAGUGAUGAACGAGGACAUUAUUUAGAUUUUGAACAAAUACAUUGGAAAGUACAAAUAUAUUUUGUUCAAUUAGAACAUUUAAUGGAAAUUUUAAAUAAAAAACAAGGAAAUAUUCAUCAAACAGAACAAUUAUUUAAUGAAUAUAAACGAAAAAUUCAUGAUGAAAAAAUUAUUGCAACUAUUGAAAGUCUUCUACCAGAAUUAACACGUAAAGCACAAAAUUAUAGUCAAUUACGAAAGAAAGAUGAUCAAACAUCGAAAGGUUUUAAUGCAUAUUGUGAAUAUGUUCGUAAAACAUUAAAAAGUUCAGCUCUUGAUCUUAAAACAAAAGAACAUAUGUUACAAGAAACAAUGGAUAAUUGGAAAAUCUAUCUUAAUUCAUAUGAUCAAUUAGAAAAAUGGUUAACUGAAGGUGAUCAAGUGCUUCUACGUUCAUCAAAAGAAAAAUUUAAUUAUUUUACAAAUAUAAAUCAUUGGGCUGAAAUACAUGGAAAAUUAGUUAUAGCAAUGGAAAGUUUAAUGUCUGUAUGUGAUGAUGAAAUAGUUGCAACUUUACAAAAGAAAUUUUUAUUUAUUAAUCGUCGAUGGAAAGAAAUAUUUGAUCGUGUUCAACAAUUUGAACAUGGUGAAUCAAUUAAGAAAAAACGUGAUGAAUUUUAUGCUGGUCGUUCAAAUAUAUUAGAUACAUUAGAUAAAAUUGAUGCAGAAAUACAAGUUUAUUUAUCAUGUACAAUAAAAGCACUUAAAGAUCAAGAAAAUCGUCUUUAUAAAGCACAAUCAGGAAUUGAUAUGCUCAAUGAAAAUAUUCAAGCUCUUGCUAAAUUAGGUCAAAUAAUAGCACGUGAAAGUGGUGAAACAUAUGCAACAAGUGAAAUGAAUUCGAUUUUACAAACAUGUUUUGAUAAACUACAUCGAGUACAAGAAUCUUUACCAUCAACAUUAAAACGAAAUAAAAUUAUGCUUGGACAUUUACAAAAAUUUGAAGAUGGUUUACAAAAAUGUCAACAAUGGUUUGACGAAGCUAAAAAAUUAAUUAGUCGAUAUUCAAUUCAAGUACCAGUGAAACGUAUUGAAGAUUUUCUUGAACAACAUCGAAAUUUUUUUGCUGAAAUUGGUUAUUAUCAAUCAUUACUUGAAAAUAAAGCAAAAUUAAUUUUAACCAUGAAAAUAUCCAAUGAAAAUUUAAUUCCAUUAGAUUUUUCUCCAGUUGAUGAACAAUAUCGACAAUUAAUCGAUACAUUUGAACAAAUAAAUCAAAAAGCAUCUUAUUGGGAAAAAGAAUUUAAUCAACAUUGUCAAUUAUGGAAAGAUUUUCAUCAACGUUUAAAAUAUUUAGAAGAAUGGAUAGAUCAAGCACAAAAGAUCGUUAAAGAAAAACAUGAUGAUUAUACAUAUCUUAUUCGUAAACAUAAAGAUUUUUUUCAAACAAUUGAUGAUGAAAUUUUACAUGGUUUUAUUAAAUCUGGACGUGAAUUAUUACAUAUGAGAGAUAAAACUGAACAAAAAGAAAUACAAUAUUUAAUGGAUACACUUGAAUCAAAAUGGAAAACAAUAAUAUGUUAUGCACCAAUACGUUUAUUACGUUUACAAUUUGAACGUAUUGAACAUAUUAUUGUACAAGAAUUAGAACAAGCUGAAAAUGAACUUAAUGAUGAACUUAAACAAUUAGAACGUCAACAUGAUACAACAGAAAUUUUACGUCGUCAUAAUGAACGUUUUCAAUUAAAUAAUUUUCAUCCAACUAUGGAAAUACAUAUGAAAGAUUUACAUACAUAUGCUAAUGAUAUUCGUACUAAAGAACAAGAACAAACAUUAGUUACAUAUGAUAAUGAACAAAUUGAUCAACGUACAAUUAAAUUAAAUAAUUAUUGGACACGUAUGCAAACUAAAAUUGAUAAUGUUAGAAAAAAACUUCAAACUAUACCCAAAAAAUGGCAAGAAUUUGAAGAAAAAUUUCAUCUUGUUGAAACUUGGAUGGCUACUAUUGAACGAUCAAUGGCUAAUACACAGAAUACUGAAAUACCUUUAGAACAAUAUACAUCAUUUGUCAAUAAAUUUAAGAAUGAAUCUCAACAAAUCGGCAUUAUAUCUGAUCAUACGAAAACUUUAUCAUUAAUCUUAAAUGAUCUAAUCGAAGAACAAGCUACUGAUGAACCAGCACGUUAUCGUCAACGACUUGAUUUACUUUUAUCACGUUAUAAACAAUUAUGUAUUUCUAUUGAUGAAACAUCUCAAUAUUGUUCUGUUAUUAUUCCAGCUAAAAUAAUUCAUGAAGAUAGUUUACAAUUAAAUGCAUCAUUAAUAAAUAUAUCAAAUGUAUUAAUUAAUUUUCGUGAUGUAUCUGAUGUUCGUAAUGCAUUACAAGAUCAAACUCAAAUUUAUAAUAAUUUAAAAAAUUUUUCACAACAAGUUAAUGAACUUAUUACACGUGGUAAUAAACAUAUGAAAUUACCUAUGGUACCGAAAUAUGUUCAACAAGAUAUACAAAAUAUACAAAAACUUUAUAAUGAUAAAAUUCAAUCAGCACAAGAUUUAUUAGAAAAACUUCAACGUUUACUUGAACUUUGGGAACGUUUUGAUACAAAUAAACGUCGUUAUCAACAACAAACUGAACGAUUAAAUAAUGAACUUUCACAAUUAAAUGUUAAUAGAAAUUCGAUUGUUUCAUUUCAACAUGAAAUCGAUAAUUGCAAACAUCUUCGAAAUUCUUAUGCUGAUUUAAAACCAUUACUUGAUGAAACAGGACAAGUUUUACAAACAAUAUCAUCAAAUAAUUUAUUACCUUAUGGAAAUAUCCAAAUACUUAAAACUGAUUAUGAUAAUAUACAAGAAGAUUUAUUUGAAAAAUUACGAAUAAUUGAUGAAAUUUUACAAGAAUUAAUAUCUGAUAAUGAUAAAUGGAUACAAUUUAAUAAUGAACUUGAACGUUUAGAAACAUUAUUUACUUCAAUGUCUGAUACAAAAACACUUGGAGAUAAAUCAUUGGAAGAAAAACAACAAAUAUUGGAGCGUAUUCGUAUUGAACUCUCUGGACAUUUACAUUCAUUAUCAGUCUUACAUUCUGAUGGUACAAAUCUUGAAUCACUUCGUUCUCGACCAAGAGAUUUACGAAAUGUUUUAAAUCGUUUAAAUCAAUUACGUGCAUUAGCUGAAACAACAUCUAAUAAAAUCAAUCGAGAAGAAGAACAAGUUGUACAAUGUCGAACACAUGUACAAACAUCACAACGUUAUAUUCAACAAUUACAACCAUGGAUUGAACAAACAGAAUAUUAUCUUAAUAAACGUUUUAGUCAAAUUGGUGCUUUGAAUACAAAUGAUGCUAAACAAUUACUUGAUAAACAUAAAGAACUUCUUGAAGAACGUCGUCGUAUGUUAACUAUAUACAAUAAUUUACAUGAUGAAGAACAUAAUAUAGGUGAUCAAUAUGAAUUAAAAUCAUUAAUAAAAUCUUUAUCAACACGUUGGAUGGAUAUAGAACGAAGAUCUGAUGAAUUAGCAUCGAUUUAUAAUGCACAACAUCGUGCAUGGACAACAUUUGAUUCAGAAUUAAAUUCAUUUCGUGAUGAAAUUUUAUUUGAAUUUGAACAACGAAUUCAUAAUAUAAAUUUAAUAGAAAUUAAUAAAUUAUUUGAUCUUAAUCGAAUUAAUACAUUACUCAAUGAAUUACGAUUACUUAAUGAAAAUAUUAGUAGUCAUACAUCAAAUUAUAAUCGUUUACAUAAACAAUUCAAUGAUUUAAGACAAUAUAGUUCAUCAGAAGGUCAACGAAUACUUACUGAAGAACAAUUAUCAAUUGAAAAACGAUGGAAUCAACUUAAUCAACUUAUUACUGAUAGACUUCGUGAAACCGAACAUUUAUAUGAAUCUCGUAAAUCAUUUCAUAAUCGUUUUGAAUCAUUUGAACGAAAUGUACGUGAUAUUGUUGAAUUAAUUGAAAAUAAUGGACAAAUACAAAGUUCAACAUGGAAUCAAACAUUAGAACGUUUACAACAAAUUGAAAAACAAUUACAAUCAAUUCAACCAUUACUUUUAAUUGUUGGACAUGAAUUAGCUGAUCUUGAAGUUGCUGGUUUACCAAAAAUUGAAUUACAAACUAUACAAAAUACUUAUGAAACUCAUCGACAACGAUUAAACAUUUAUGAAAAUAUUUUACAAAAACGUAUCGAUUUAUUAAAACGUUUUGACGAACAUAUAAAACGUUCAAAUGAAUUACGAAAUAAAUUACAACAAAUAAAUGAUGAUUUACAACAAAAACAACAAAUUAAAAUUCAUGAUAUUGAUGUAUUAAAAACUCAACUUGAACGUUAUGUAACAGAUUUACGUACAAUACAAUCAGAAAGUAGUAUACUCGAUCGUUUAAUGGAAGAAAGUAAUACAACAAUAACAGAUUCAACAACAAAUCGAACAAUUUUCUUUACGGUUGAAAGUCGUAAUAUUCAAAAUUUAAUUGAUAUGGCUGAAAAUAGACUUAUUCAACGUCGUACUCAAACUCAAGAAUUAAAUCAAUUAGUAGAAGAUUUUACUCAAGCUCAUAACAAUUUACUUUCUCGUAUCAAUACUUUAAGUAACAAUAUUCGUUCAGCUCGUCUAUCUGGUUAUACAGUUCAUGAUAUAGAAGAUCUCAUGAUUGUCAUCAAACAUUUACAAGACGAAAUCGAACAUGAACUCGAUCCAUUAUUCAAACAAUUGGUACGAACAUCGAUAAAUACAACGACUGAAAAUGAAAAUAUAAUAGAAAAAACUCAAAUCGAUUUGGAAAAAUUAAAUGUUGAAACAAAUGAACGUAUCUAUGCUCUACAACGAGCAUAUACGUUAUAUAAUGAAAUAGAAAUACUUCGAAAACAAAUUGAAAUAACUAUACAUAAUGUUGAAUUAAUUUUAAAUGAAACUAUUAUUAAUUCCAAUUCAUUUCAACAAGCAAAAAAUCAUUUAAAUAAAUUAAAACAAACUGAAUUAGAUCAACGUCAAAGUGCUGAACAUGAUAUGGCAAUAUGUCAAAAACGAUGUGAUGAAUUUAUCAGCUUAUUAAAGCCAUGGUAUGAAAUGAAUUGGUCAACAUAUUUUAAUCUCUCAGAUUUACAAGCAAAAAUGAGUGAAACAUUUGAAGUUAAUUUACAUGAUCAUAUAAAACGUACAGAAACUAUAUGUAAUUAUUUACAAUCUAUUGAAAAAAUUCAAAAAGAACUUGAUACAAAAGUUCAUGGACUUGAUGAAUUAGCAUCUAAAAUGAUUGAUAAUAGUGAUCAAAAUCGUUUUCUUGAAAUUAUACAAUUUCAACGUCCAAUUAUAGCUAAUUUAUUUACUAAUUUUGAUGAACAAUUAACUCGUAUAAAACUAGAUUGUAAUGAACAAUAUUUUAAUGAAUUAGAACAAUAUCGUCAUAAUAUUUAUCAACGUUUACAAAAUUUUGAUUAUCAAAUUAAUCAAUCUGUUGAAAAUGAACGUAAUAUUCAAGAACAAAGUUCAAAAUUAUUAUUAGAUCUUGAUUUACUUAAUCCAUUAUUAUUAAAAUUAACUGAACAAACAGAAUCUUAUGAAAAAAUUUUUAAUGAAACAGAAUCAAUUGAAAAUUUUGUUAAACUUCAUCAACAAAUAAAACAAAUUCAAACAGAACUUUCAUUAUUAUUUAAUUCUAAACUUCAAGAAUUAAAUGAAAAUAUUCAACAAUAUACAAAUAAUAAUAUUCGUCAUGAAAGUACUCAAUUAUGUACAACAUUAAUGAAUAUAAAUAAUCGUUAUAGAAUAUUAAGUCAAGAUAUAAAUCGUUUUAUUGAACGUAUAGAUGAACGUAUUGAAAGUGAAACAAAUAAUUCAAUUGAAAAUUAUAGAAAAUUUAUGGAAAAUUUACGUGUUAAAUUAACACGAAUAAAUAAUGAUUAUCGUUUAACUAUUGAUGCUAAACAAAGAUUAAUCAAUGAAAUUGCACAUUCAUUAACAAAUGGACGUGUUUAUGUUCAUCAAGCAAUUGAACAUAUAAAAUUAACACGAAAUUUAUUAAAUAAUGAAUAUAAUAUAAAUGAAAUCGAUGAUGAAUGUCAAGCUAUUGAUGAUGAAUGGAUUGAAUUUAUAAGUGAUUUUGAUGAUCAAAAAGAAGAAAUAAAUAAAAUUGAAAAUGAAAUUAAAAAAUUUGAUGCUGAAAUUAAUCAAAUUCAUCAAUGGUUAAAACAACAAGAAAAUUCUCUUCAAUUAUUGAUUGCAAAUCAACCAACACUUGCAUUAAAAUUAGAUAAACUUGAACAAAUCAAAACUCUUAUUCGAACUUUGGAAACUUAUGUAGAUCUUAAACAAGAAUUAAAACAACUUGAAAAUAAAGUUUCAAUUGUUUCUUUAAUUCAAAAUUAUAAUCAAUCAAUAGAAAAACGACAACAAUUACUUUCAAAUGCUCAAGAUGCAUUAAUUCAAGCAUCAGAAGCUGUUGAAUAUCAUGAACAUUUUGAAACAAUAUCAGAAAGCUUCCAUCAAUGGAUGACAGAUGCUGAAAAUCGAUUAGAAAAACAUACAUCAACUAAUGAAAUGAAAUCAGAUUAUGUUAUUGAAGAACAUUAUCGAAGUGUAGAAGAUUUAAUCAAUGAAAAUAUUGAUGGUGAAAGUCUUCUUUCAAAUCUUGAGGAUUGUCUUGAACAAGUAUUCAAAACAACAUCAAUUGAAGGUCGUACACAAUUAAAAAAUAUUAUAACUGAGUAUCAAGCACGUUGGUCUAAUUAUAAUAUAAAACAAAAACAAUUAAAACAAAUUUUACAUAAUGUUAAAAUAGAUCGUAUGGAAAUUGAUGAAACAUUAAAUGAAAUCAAUGAUUGGAUAAAUGAACAUCAUUAUAAAUUAAAUGAUUUAACAAAUAAUUUAAGUUUACGUGAUGAAAAUCGUAAACGUUUAUAUCAAUUAAAAUGUUUUUCAAAUGAUAUUAAUGUUAAACAAACAUUAUUAAAUACAUUAAAAGAAAAAAUUCUUGAUAAUGAUCGAUUUGAUAUAAUUCAACAAAUAUUAAAUGAAUUUCAAGAAGAACUUCGAAUAAAAACAAAUUUAUUAGAAGAAUUUGUUCGUACACAAAUAUUUAUUGAAGAUAGUAAACAAUCUAUAAUGGAAAAAUUAAAAUUUUUAAUGGAUCGUUUAUCAUUAUGUACAAAAACAGAUUGUGAUUUAGAUACAUUACAAAGUCGUUUAAAUAAAAUCGAAGAAUAUAAAUUUGAAUUAGAAAAUCUUGAACAAGAAUUUAAUCAAAGUUAUGAACAAUAUCAUUUAAUAAUUGAAUUCAAUUUAAAUUCAAUGAUUAAAUUAAAUUAUCAACAAAAUUUUGAACAAAUGCAUUUAGUUAUUAAUAAUGGUAAACAAACAAUUGAACGUGCUAUUUUAGAAUUAAAACAUCUAUGUGAUAUAUGGUAUCAAUAUGAAAAACAUAAUAAAACAUUUGUUUCAUGGUUAAAUGAAACAGAAAAUCAAUUAACUUCUUUUAUAACAAUAAAUAAUGAUGAUAAUGAAUAUACAAUUGAAUAUUUAAAUCAAUUAAGUGAAAAUAUUUCUGAUAAAGAUAAACAAUUAAAAGAAUUAGAAGAACUUGAAUCAUUAAUUAAUGAUUAUGAUUGGUCGAGACAAGCACAUAAUACUGCAAUUUUAAGAGAAAGAAUCAUUGUUCUACUCGGUCAAUGUAAUAGUCAACUAGAACGAGUUCAACAAGCAGUAAAUUUUAGUCAACAAUGGAAAAGUUUAUUAUCAAUAAUUCAUACAUCAUUUGAAACUUAUCAACAACAAUUAAUUGAAAUUCAUCAAGAACAAAAAUCAUUAAUUCAUCUUGAUGCUAUUCAAGAUAUUCAACAGAGUCGUAUACAAUGUGAACAAAAUAUGAAACAAUUAGAAACAUUUGCUACAACUGGAUUUAUUCAUUCAACUAAAAAAGAAUCUAUUCGAACACAAAUACGAACAUUAAAACUUCAAUUAAAUGAACUUAAUGAAUUAUUUUCAACGAUUCAACAAGAUUUACGUACACGUUCACAAGCAUGUGAAUUUGUUCAAACAUGUAUUGAUGAAAUAAAUCUAUUUCUUGAUUCAUUACAAAUACAAUCAAAUGAUAAUGAAAUACUUUCAUCGAUUUGGAUUCAAAAUCUACGUAAUCAAUUAGAUCAAUUUGAUAUUAAGUCAAAACGUUUACGUACAGUUGAUUCAUUUUUAAGUCAUUGUACAACUGAAUUGAUGCGUUCAUUUGAAUCAAUGACAAAUCGUUUUCAAAUAGCACGAAAAGAACUUGAAACAUUUAUCAAUGAAAAUGAACUAUUCUAUACACGUCAACAAGAACUAGAUGUUUAUUUAGUUGAAUUAGAUCGACAUUUAAAUUAUUUAACAACACAUUAUGAAUCAUUUGAAAGUAUAGAAAAAGAUAAUCGAAGAGAAUUAGAAAUUAAACUUGAUAAACAUCAACAAUUAUUUCAAUUAAUAAAAGAAUUUGAUAAACAACUUGUCAAUAUACGUAGUAAAAUAUAUGAAGCUGGUUUAAAAAGUUCAUUAGAAGAAUCAGUACAAAAACGUUUCAAUCAUCUUGAACAAAAUUCAUCUUUAUUACAAGAAAAAGCUAUGCAAACAUUUACAUUUAUAACAACAAUUAAAUUUGAAUGUGAACAAUUAAUAACUGAUAUUAAACAAAUGAAUGAUUGGUUAAAAUUAACAGAUCAACAAUUAAAUAAAUAUUUAAUUAUUAAUCUUAAUACAGCAGAAGAAAAAAAUGAUGCUGCAAAACGAAUGCUUGAAAAAUUGGAUGAUUUUGCUAUUCAAGAAGCUUAUCGUGAACAAAUGAAACAACGAUCUGAUAAUCUAUUUAAAAUUCUUGACGAUGCUCCACUUCAAGCUAAUCUUGAUGAUCUUGAUCAAACAUUUUCAACAGUUAAACAACAAAUUCAAUAUCGUUAUGAAACAUUAAAUCGUGCUGGACAUCAUCAUGCUGAUUAUGAUCUUCGUUUACAUAAUCUAUUUGAAACAUUAUCAACACUUCAAACAACAUUUCAUCAUCUUCGACAACAAGAAAAUUAUGGUGAUGUUUUAUUUCAACUUAAAAAUUUUAAAACUGAACGAGAUGAUUUCGAAGAAGAAAUUCGUCGAAUAUCCUAUAUUAAUGAACAAAUUAUAUCUGAAACUUCUAUUGAAGGUAGUGAACAUCUUAAAUUUAAAUUAAAACAAGUUCAAACAAAAUGGAGAAGUUUAAAUAAUGAUAUUCAAGCAUUUGAAGAAAAAUUAGCUCAACAAGAUGAAGAACAACGUUUAGUUUUAAAUGAACAAGCAACAAUUGAACAAACAUUAAAUAAUAUUCAACAACAAUUACAAAUAUUUGAUCAACAAUUUUUACAUGAUUAUACAGCAACUGAUUUAGUUCGACAACGUCUUCAACAUAUGACAAAUACAUUAACAAGUGUAGAAAAAUUUCAUUUACAUUUAUUAUCUCCAUCAUCAUCAACAGAUACAACUGUUAUUGAACGUGCACAACAUUUGUCAUCAUUUCAUGAACAAUUGAAAACAAUAACUCAAAAAAAAAUUAAUGAAUUAAAUCAAAUUGAAAAAUAUUCAAAUGAAAUUAUUUCUUGUCAACAAACAUUACAAAAUUUAAUUGAUACUUGUUCAAUACGUUUACAAACAUUUCAUAAUGAAAAAUCAAAAAAUGAAAUUUAUAUUAAACGUAUAACAACUGCAUUUGAAGAUCAUCGAAAUCGUUUAAAUGAUUUAGUAAUCAAAGCAAAAGAUCUCAAAACAAAAUUAUCUGAUGAAUGUCUUUCAAAAGAAUUAAUUAAAAUAUUAAUGGAUAAAAUUGAUCAAAUGUUUAAUGAUGCUGAACGUUGUUCAAUAAAUUUAAUUCAAAUAGAAACUGAAUGUCAUCAUAUACAAGAAUUAAUUAUUGAACAAAAAGAAUCAAUACAAAAUAUUCAACAAUCAUUAAUAACAAUUGAACAAACAAUUGAUGGAUUUAUGUUAAAACAUUCAAUUGAAGAAAAAUUAUUACAAAAAGAAGAACUUAAACAUUUACAACAAGAAUGUUUCGAAUGUAGUAGUCGAUUAAUUCAAAUCAAUGAACGUCUUACUAACAAUCAUAUUGAUGAUGGUCAAAUGGUAAUGAUAGUCAAUGAAACAAAACAAAAAUGUGAUGAACUUGUUAAAAAUAUUCAACAUCUUCUUCUAUCUUGUGAUGAAAUUAUUCAUAAACAAACAACAUUUGAUGAAACAUAUAAUGAUGUACGAAAAUCUAUUGAAAGUCUUCAUGAAAAAUAUCAAAGUAGUUUGGAAUUAGAUAGUGGUGUUGCAGAAUUAAGUGCACUUUUAUCUGAAUGUGAUUCAUUACGUGAUAGAUUAGAUUUUAUGACAUCAUCUUAUAAUACAAUUGAUACACAAUUACGUACACAUCAUUCAUCAAUAUCAACAACAACAUCGAAUAGUAAUAAUAAUAAUUCAUUAUUAUUAUCAUCAUCAGUACAUAAUCAUACAAUGAAAGCAAUGUUACAACAAACAAAAGAUGAAUUUAAUCGUCUUGUACAAACAUUACGUUCAUCAAAACAAACAAUUGAAUCAAAACAACAACGUUUACAAACAUUAAAUAAACAAUUAAAUGAUAUUGAACAUGAAUAUGAAUUAAUAAUUGUAACAAUAAAAUUACCAGCUAUUGAAGAAAUUAUUAAAGAUGAUCAAUAUGAAUAUAAAGAUGAAUGUCAAAGAAAAAGAUUAACAAUUCAAGAUAUCGAACCAAAACAAAAUCAUUUACAAAUCAUUUCCAAUGAAGCUAAUGAAUUAAAUGAUUUACAAUUAGUAAGUAAUGCUAAACGUUUAAUUAGUCAAUUUGAUCAUUUACGUCGAGAUCUUACGAUUCAUCUUGAUGAAAGUGAACGUCGUUAUCAAAUACUUCAAAAAUUUACUAAUGAUUGUUCAUUAUUACAACAAUCUCUUCAAAUAAUUCAAAAUCAACUUUCACCAAUUUUAGAUACCUAUGGUGAUAAAGAAAUACUUGAAGAUAAAUUAAAAAAAUUAAUAGACAUUAAAAAUAACUAUCGAGAAUUGACGUCUGCAUUACAAGACACCGAACAAAUGACAAGUCAAGUACUUACGUUAGUUGGCCAAAAUGGUAAACAAUCUGUACGUCGUGAAUGGGAACGUGUACAAACUAAAUCACAUCAAAUUAAUACAACUAUUCUCAAGAUCGAACAACAAUUACAAAAUUGUAUUACAGAUUGGUUAACAUUUAUAAAAGAAAGUGAACAAUUAUCAUAUGAACUUAAUAAUUUCGAAUCAUCAUUAAAAAUGAUAAAUAUUCGAAUUCAAAAUGAUGGACAAACACCUGUUGGUACAUUACGAAAUAUGAAAAAUGAUUUGGAUUUAAUUGAAAGUAAAUUAAAUAGUUUAAAUCGUUUUGCAAUUGAUCUAUCUCAACGAACACAAGAAACUGAUCUAUUAGAACAUUUACAACAAUUACAAAUAUUUAUACAACGAUUAAAAAUUUUAUUAAAAGAUCUUUUACGUAAAGCAACUGAUGGUCAAACAAAAUAUUCUUUAUAUUCACAACAAAUUAAUAAUUAUAAUGAAUUACUUAAUGAAUGUGAAUUAAUAUUAAAUAAAAUUAUUAAUGAUAUUGAUAUAUGGAAUAAUAAUACAUCUUUAUCAAUUGAAACAAUUCAAACAACAUCAAAUGUUUUACAAUCAUUAAUUAAUAAUCAAUCAGUCGUUCAACGACAAGCAAAUUUAUUAAAUGAAGUUACUGAAUCUUUAUUAGAUUCAGUUGAAAAUGCAAAUUUUUUUCGUCAAACUUGUUUAAUAAUACAAAAUCGACAAAAAAAUAUAAUUCAACAAACAAAUACAAUUGAAAAUCAAUUAGAUAAUUUAUUACAACGAAUAAAUGAUAUUAAACGAUUAAAAACUAAAAUCAAUGAUUCACAUAUAAAUAUUGAACAAAAAUUAAAACAAAUUAAUGAUUCAAUAUCAACAAUUAAUACAGAUGAAAAACAAGAACAAUUAAUUCGUAUACAGACUGAAUUAGAAGUUUUAAGUGAAAAUGAUGUUCAUCUUCGUGAAUUAUCCGAUAUGAUUGAUCAUUUACAACCGAAAAUAUCUGAAUUUAUAAAUGAUUUUGAACAAAUUGCAACAAAACAAGAACAAUUAAAUAAUGAAGCUCAAAUACUUGAAAGUAAAUGUCGAUCUGAAUAUAAUUCAUUAAAACAAUGGAUUGAAAUUCAACAAAAAUUCGAACAUAUUUUAACAAAAAUAACUAAAGAUUUUGAACAAACAAUACAAUAUCAUACAUUACUUCAAUUAGAAGAAUAUUCGAAAAAUUUAAUAUUAAAUUUAAAUAAUCAAGAAUAUAUUGAAAAUCUUUUUCAAGAAGCUAGAAAAACAAUAGAAUCAUUAGAUCAAUCAAAUCAAGAAAAUAUAAAUCAUAGAAUUGAACAAUAUGAAAUACGAUGGAAAGAUCUUUGUGAACGUUUAAAUAAAAAACUUGAAGAAACAGAAAGAAUUCGUAAUCAAACUCAAAAUUUUAUUCAAAAUUGUGAUAAACAUUUUAAACAAUGUUUUAAUUUUCUUUCAACAUUAACUGAUAUUCAAAAUGAUUCUACACAAAUAUCGAAUGAUAAACUUGAAAAAUUACAAACUGAACAUAUUCAAAUUUUUAAUUCUUUAAUUUCAACUAUUGAAAAUAAUCUUUCAUUAGCAAAAGAUUUAAGUCUUAUUCUUACUAAUGAACCACAAAUACGACAUCAAAUUGAACAAUUAAUUCAAAUACGUAAUAAAAUUAAAGAACAAUUUAAUUUAACAAUUCAACAGUUUGAAGAAUUAGUUCAAAGAUUUAAUAUUUCAUUAAAUGAAAAUACUAGUCUUGAAAAACGUCUUACAAGUACAUUAUGUGAUAUUGAAAAAUGUUUAAAUCUUACAGGAGAUAAUUUUACUUCUCAAACACGUCAAUAUUUAAAUGAAUAUCAAACUAUUCAACGAUCAAUUAUAAUUGAUUUACAAAAAUUAUCUGAUCAUAAUCUUUUAUUAUCUUCAGAUAUUAAAGCAACAGAAUAUCUUCAAGAAUGUUAUAAUCAUUUAAAAGAAAUUCAUUUAAAUUUAGAACAAAAAGUUAAUCAUUUACGGGAACGUGUUAAUAUUUCAUUAUCAAUAAAUGUUAAAAUUGAUGAUAAUAUUCGACAAAUAAAACGAAAAUUAAUUUUAUAUGAAAAUGAUCUUAAUCGUUUAAAAACUGAAAUACCAAAUACAGUUUCUGAUAAACGUAUACGUGCAGAAUUAGCAGUGACAGUUUUUAAUGAUCUUGAAUUCGUUGAAAAUCUUAUUAAAGAAUUAAUUCGUGAUGCUACAAAUGAAUGUGAAACAUCAACAGAAAAUAUUCAAGCAUUAAAUGGAAUUAAAAUUCAACAUGAACAUAUGUUUCGUGAAUUUAAAGAACAAGUUGCUAAUACAAAUUUAAUUUUUAAUGAACAUUUUAAUUAUGGCGAAAGUGCACGAACACUUCGAUCAUUUAUUGCAGAUGUUACAACAGAAUUAUGUAAUCUUGAUAAACAACCUAUUUCAACAAUUGAAAAAACAAGAGAAUUCAUUGAGUCUAAAGUUUUACAAGUUGAAAAAUUAAAACAACGUUAUGAUGAAUUCCAACCAAUUCUUAUUCAUAUUCAAAAAUCUACAGGUUUCGAUGGUCAACAAAAAUUAAUUGAUGAAAAUCAAUUUCUUUUUGAUACAUUACAAUCAUUAGAAAAUCAAUUAACAACAAUACAUUCAUUAUGUAUUGAAAAACAACAAGCAUGGUUUGAAUUUAAACUUCGUUUUGAUACAACAUAUUCAUCAUUUAAUCAUAUACUUGAAUUCUAUCAACAAAAUAAUCAUAAUCUUGAUCAAUUAAAAGAUAUUCAAAAUGAAUUAAUUCUUCUACAAGAUCAUAUUGAUUAUCUUUUACAAAUAAAAUCAACACGUUUUUCAAUUCUUACAUCUAAUGAUAAUUUAUUCUUUUUGGAUACAAAUAUUGAAUAUGAUUUAUUACAAUUACAAACAAAUUAUCGUCUUAAAUUAAAUGAAAUAAAUCAAGAAAUUGAAAAAUUAAUUGAAAAUCAAUUAAAAUUUGAACGUUUAAAAUUAAUUAUAAAAUCUAUUGAAGAUAAUUUAAAUUUACAUGAAAAAAAUCUUAAUAAAAUUUCAUAUCAAAGACAAUUAGAUAAUGAAUUAACAUUUGAUAAUUUAUUUAAAUUAUUUCAACAAAUUGAACAAAUACAAAUUGAAUUAAAAGAAUUAACAAAAAAUUUCAAUCAAAUUAUAAAUGAUAAUAAUUUAAUUGAACAAUUAAAAAUUAAAUUUGAAAAUUUACAAUCAAUUUCAAAUAAUGAAUAUAUUAUUUUUAAUCGUUUAAUAAAUGAAUAUAAAUUAUUAAAUCAAAUGAUAACAAAUUAUAAUGAAUUAAAUGAACAAAUUAAUGAAUGUAUUGUUAAUAUUUUACAACAUGUUGAUAAUCGUUCACGAUUAAUUUCACCUGAACUUAAACAACGUUCAUCAACCGGUCAAUUUGUUCAAUUAAAUAUUUAUCGAAUACAAAUUCAAGAACAAUUAACAAUUGUUCAACAUCCACCAAAUAUAAUAACAUCAAAAUUUAUUAAACAACGUAUUGAACAAUUACAUCAAGAUAUUCUUUCAUUAAAAGAUGAAAUUGAAUCAAUUCUUGAAAAAGAAAAUGAAACAACAUCAAUACAAAUAAAAAUUGAUAAUUUAAUUGAAAAUUUACAAAAUGAAUUUGAUCGUCAACCAAUAUUUUCUUCAUUAUUAACUAUUAAUACAUUUGAAACAUAUGAAAAAUUAUCAAAUAAUUAUUUACAAACAAUUCAUUAUAUUGAAAAUGAAUUAGAAAAAACUAUUGAACAAUUUCAAGAUAUUGGUUUAAUACGUCAAUAUAAUAAUCGAUUAAAUGAUAUAAAACAACAAAUUAUUCAAAUUGAAUUAAAUAUUAAAAAAUCUAUUGAUCAUCUUCAACAAGGUCUUAAUGAACAAAAUAUUCUUCAAAAUAAAAUUCUUCUAAUUAUUGAAGAUUUAAAUGAUUGUGAAAGUCAAUUAACAAAUAGAAUAUCUAUGAAAGAAUAUCAAAUUCAACAGACAUUACAAGAAGUACAAAUUAUGUUAGCAAAUAUUGAAUCAAUAUUUGAUGAUAUUAUUAUUCAAUCGAAAACAUUAGAACAAGAAUAUUCCAUUGCACAACAACAAACACAAAUAAAAGAUAUUCAACUUCGUACACAACGUGUUUCAAGACUUAUUCAAGAAACAUCUCAAUAUCUUGAUAUAAUACAUAAUAAAAAACAAGAAUGUGAGAAUCUUCUUGAUCAAUUAACAAAUUGGCUUGAAUUAAAACAAAGUACAUAUGCUAAUUUACUUGAUUUACCAUUUGAAAAUGAUUCAUUAUCACUUGAAUCUAAAAUAAAUCAAAUUCAAAAUGAACAUAAUACAAUGAUUGAAGGUUAUACACUUUUAAAAUCUAUUGAAACUUUACAAAAUGAAUUAAAAAUAAUAAAUACAGAUGAUGAUAAUAAAAUUUUAAAUGAACUUAUUGAACAAUAUAAUGAACAAUUAAAAUCUUGUGAUUCAUCAUUUGUUGAAAUAAUAUCUAUGAUAAGACAAAUACAAAUAAAUAUAAAUACAUUUAAUGAUAGUUGUCAAGAAAUUGAACAUACAAUAGAACAACAACGUAUUUUAUUUAAACAAUUUAUUGAUAAUAAUUAUAAUAUUCUACCUGAUAAUUUAAAUCAACAAAUACAAAGAUUAAAAAAUUUACAACGUGAAAUUGAAACAAAAACAAAUUCAAUGAUUGAAACAUUAAAAGAAACACCAAUUAAUGAAACUAAAAUUGAAUAUUUAAUAAAUAAUAAUGAACAAUUAAAAUUAACAAUUCUUGAAGAGAUUGAUCAACGAGAAUCUCUUCUUACUCAAUAUACUGAAUUUCUUACGGAAAUGACACGAACACAAACAAAUGUUAUAUCUCUUGCUCAAAAACCUGAUUCUUCAAUAUCCGAUGAAGAUUAUAUGAAAAUAAAACAUUCAUCAGAAACAAUAUUCAGAUCUUUUGAUACAAUAUCAGCAAUUGGUCAUCGUUUACUUGAUAAUUAUUCUCAAUAUACACAAUUAUGUCAUUCAAUUAAAUCAGCACUUGAUUUAAAUGAACAAAAUCGUCAAACAUUUGAAUUUGCUAUGAAAAAUACCGAAACUAUCUAUUUAACUGCUGUAGAAAUACGACAAGAACAAGAUGAAAUAAUUAAAAAUCUUCAACAACAAUUAAUACAUUUAGAACAAAUUAUUAAUCAAACAAAUGAAUUAGAUGAUAUACAAACAUUUGAUCAAACAUAUGAAGAAAUAAAUACAUAUAUUGAAACUAUUCAUAUAAAACUUAAAUCAAUUAUGUCGAAUGUAGAUAAUCAACAUUUAUCUAUUUUAACUAAUAUUCAACAACGUUUACAAAUUAUUUCUAAUCGAAGUCAACAUCGACGAGAUGAAAUUCGUCCAAUACUUGUUAAAAAACAAGUUCAUAAUGAAUUAAUUGAAUCUUCAAUAAAUUGGUUACAAGACAUUAUGAAACAUUUAUCUAUAAUCUCAAUAGAACCAAUAUCUAUUCAAUAUGAUCAAACAUUAAAUCGUUUAAAUAAUUUAUCAAAUGAAAUUCAAUUAAAAUUAUUACAAAUUCAAGAAAUAAAUAAUAAUUAUUCAUUUGAACAAAAUCGUUUAAAAUUAAUAAAAGAUUUAGAAAAUACAAAUGAAACUAUUAAUAAAUUAAUAAAUAAUCGUGAACAAAUACAACUAACUGUUCAAAAACUUGAUCAAACAGUUUUAUUAAUUAAUCAAAAUAUUAAAAUUCUUCGAACAAAUCUUGAACAUUAUCGAUUAACAAAUAAUAAUAUUGAAGAACUUCAAAGAUUUACUAAUAGUAUAACUAAUGAAGAAAUACAAUUAAAAACAUGUUAUGAUACUUUAAAUGGACUUCAUACAAAUUUAAAUGAAAUUGAUCGAAAUGAAUAUACAAAUCAUAUACGUUCUGUUGAAAAUCAAAUAGCUGAUAUAAAACAACGUUUAAUUCAUUUUGAAAAAUUAUCAAUCGAACAUCAAACUGAAUAUAAAAAUUUUGAAAAAAAUCUUCAAUUAUUUGAAUUAAAUAUAAAUACAUUUAAACAAACAUUAGAAAUACGUUUAAUGGAAAUAACAAUUGAUGAUAUGAAAAUAAUUGAUAAUAUUAAUCGAGAGAUUCAAAGUGAAGAAACACAUUUGAAUGCACUACGUGGUAAAUACAAGACAUUAGCACCUGAUUUAAAUAAUGAAGAACGUCAACAAGCAGAAACUAUGAUCAAUAAAAUUCAAACUGAACUUGAACAAUUACAAGAACAAAUUGAAAAACGAAAAGAACAUUUGAAUACUCUAAUACAUCAACGUCAAGAAUUAGAUCAAGCAUCUCAACGUUUGAUUGUUUGGUAUGAAGAUAAACAACGUUUAAUUUCACCUGAUCAAAUGAUUCCAUUAAAAAUCAAUGAAAUUGAACGAAUACAAAAAAAAAUUAAUGAUACAUUAAAUGAAUUAAAAUUUCAACGAAUAACAUUAGAUAAUAUUGUUAAAUUAAGUGAAGAAAUUAAACAAGGGUAUUCACGUGAAGGUCAAAAUGAUGUUAAUCUUCAUAUGGAUGAAUUACUUCGUAAAUUGAAUUCUUUGGAAGAAUCAAUACAUGAUCGUAAUCGACAAUUAAAUGGUGCUAAUGAACAACGACGAGAAUUGGAUAGAAUUAUGAGUAAACUUAGUGAAUGGAUUAAAAAUACUGAACAACAAAUUAAAGAUCCAUUAACUAAUGAUCUUCAACAAACUGCUAAUGGUCUCAAAGAAAAAUAUAGAAGUAUACAAGCAUUACUUGAAUCAACAAAAGAUCGUACGAAUGAAUUUGAUGAUUUAACACGUAUUUAUAUGAUUGUUUCAUCAACAUUGAAUGAUACUGAUCGAAUAACAUUAGAUGAAAAAUAUACUUUAUUUCAAGAAAAAUAUAAUCGUUUAUUGGAUAAUCUUACACAACGUCUUACAUUACUUGAUGAAGCAAAUCAUGAACGAUAUGAAUUUGAUAAACAAAAUGAAUAUGUUCAAAAUCUUUAUCAACAAUUACAAAAUGAUUUUACAAAAUUAAAACAACAAUCAUCAUCUAUUGAUGAUAAUCGUCAUGAUAAUUUAUUAUCAAUUGAAAAACGUUUAGAACAAUUUAAACAAUUAUUAAAACGUCUUGAUGAAAUAAAUAAUAAUUUAAAAGAAUUAACACGUUUACAACGUUUAUUAACUAGUAAAGGACAUCGAAUUGAUUUUCGUAUAGGUGGUGAAUUAAAUGCUAAUUUAAAAAAUCUUGAAGGACAAAUUCAUAAUGAAAUUGAAAAAAUUGAAAGAGCUUUACAAACUGAAAAUGAUUUUCAUCAUUUAGAAAAAGAACUUGAAUCAUAUUUACAAAUUUCAUCUGAACAUUUAAAAUCAGCUCAACAUCAACAAGAUAAAGGAAUGGCUUAUCAGACUAUUUUCGAACGUUUACAACAAAGUGAACAAGGAUUAAAUAAAUUAAUUCAACUUGCUGAACGUCUUAAACAUGAACUUCCACGUUCACAAUAUGAACAAUUACAAAAAAAAAUUGAACAACAUCAAGAAUAUCUUCAAACACUUAUGAAAACAUGUCAACAAGCACGUGGUGAACAUGAACAUAUGGUUAAAACACAAAAUAAACUUAAUGAAGAAUUAAUUGCUAUUAAUGAUUGGUUUAAAAGACUUAUACAAGAAUUAACACAACCAAUUGAUCUUAAUUUAUCAUUAAAUAAUGUUAAUGAUAUUCAAGAUUCAAUGACACAACUUGAUGUAUCAAUUGAUCAACGUUUAUUAAGACUUGAUCAAGCACUUCGUGAUGAACCAAAUUUAAUUAGUUCAAAUGAUAAAGAAAUUCAUGAAAGAUUAAAUACUCUCGAAGAACUUAAACAUCAAGUUAAAAGUCAUUUAAAUAAACGACGUACUCUUCUUGAUGAUAUUCAUCAACGUAUGACUCAAUAUCUUAAAUUAACUACAGAUAUUAAAACAGCUAUUUGUGAUGCUGAUUUUAAAUUAGCACCAUUUUUUGAUGGAUAUGAUCGUAAUCGACUUGAUGAACAUGAACGUGAAUUACACUCUCUUGAACAAAUAUGUCAUGAACAAACAAAUCGUUUAGCUGAAGCACAUAAAUUAGUUGAUAUAUUUCGACCACAUUUACGAAAUAAUGCAAAAGAAUUAUGUGAUAGUCAAUUAAGAAAUUUUCAUCAAACUAUUGAAGAUCUUGAAACUCGUAUUCAUCAACGUCGUAAAGAAUUAGAUGAAAUUCAUCAAAAAUCGAAUAGAUUUAAUUCAAGUCUUAAUCGUUUACAAUCUGAUAUAGAUCGACUUUUACAUAUGAUUGAAAAAGCACCAGAUAGUGCGGAAACACUUAUUUCAGAAAUUGAUUCAACAUUUUCAGCUUUACAAUAUCUUGGACGUGAUUUAAAAAAAUCAUUAGAUGUAUCAAGUUCAUCAGAUAUUGAUCGGCAAUUAAAAGAUAUGUCUAGUUCAGUGGAAAUUGUUCGAAAUAGUCUUGAUCAAGCAAAAAGAUCUUGUGAAGAAAAUGAAACUCUUCGAGAUCGUAUUGAAAAAAUAUUAAAUAAAGUUAAAACUUUUACAAAUCGUAAACGACAAGAAUUACAUCAAAGUAUUGAUAGUGGUUAUGGUAGUAUCGAUUUAACUAGACAAUCAAUAGAUAUGAAAAGUUUUAUCAAAGAUGUUGAUUUGGAAGCGUCACAUUUAUCUGAAGUGAAUGAUUUAAUAUUAACAUUAGCUGAAAGAAAAUGUGAUCAACAAAUAAUUCGUUUAUUAGAAAAGAAACAAGAAGAUGUUUUACAAGAUCUUCUAAAUUUAAAAAAUGAAACAACAAAAACAAUUGAAAAUCUUGAUCAACAAGUUCAAGAACAAGAAAAAUUACGACAAAAUGCUCGUACAAUGUUAUCAAUAAUUCAACGUACAAAAGUUCAACUUAUUGAACUACGUCCAACAAUAAAUGAUGAAGCUGAUCAAAAACUUAAAAAAAUUGAUGAUGAUUUAACAAUAAAUUAUAAAUUAUUUGAACAAUCAUUAAAUGAUUAUAAACAUGUAUAUGGAAAUAUAUCUGAUGAUUUAGAUAAAAUGAUUACACGUAUUAUUGAAGAUAUGGCUGAAGUAAGAGCACGUUUUAAUGAAAAAGAAACUGAAUUAAAUGCUUUUAAUAUUAUACGUGAUGAAUAUGAAAAUCUUAUGGAAAAUCUAUUAAAAAUAAUUCAAAUAAUUGAAACUAAAACACAACAAUCACAUAGUAUUGAUCUUCGACAAAAUUUAGAUUUAUUAAAAAAUUUAACAAAUGAAAUGCAAACACAUCGUUCAUUAAUCGAUCGUUUACAAUUACUUUCAUCAACAUUAUCAUCACAAUUAAUUGAUACAAAUGAACGUGAACGUGUAAGACGUCGUCUUAAUGAAAUAAUACGCCGAUGGACUCAACUUGAACAAGAUUUAAUAGGUGAAGAAGAAAAUAUGGCAGAAAUGAAAGAUCUUACUGAAUUAUAUAAUAAUAUUAAUAUCACUUGUGAACAAUGGUUAAAACAAACACGAAAUUUAAUUAAUGAAUUAAUUAAUACAAGAAAUGUUGAAAUAUUUGAUCAACUUAUUCCAAAAGCAAAAAAUUUUUUAUUUGAAUAUCAAACUUCUUUAGAAAAUUUACAACGAUUAAGAAAUAGACUUAAUCGAUUAGUUCAAACAAAUCGAACACCAGAAGCUGCACAAAAGCUUAAUGAAGUUGAUCGACUUUUAAAUGAAAUGACAAGUCAUCGUGAAAAUCUUGAACAACGUUUAGAUUUAAGUCAAAAAAUGCAUUUUCAAUUAAAUGAAUUUAAUAAACAAUAUUUAUUCUAUGAACAAUGGCUUGAAAAUAUUCAACGAACAUAUGAUACAAUCACUGAACAAACAUUAACAACUGAUGAAAAAUUACAACGUUAUCAUGAUAUACAAAUUGAAUUAGAUAAACGAAAACAAAUUAUAAAUACAUUAAUACAUGAUUAUCCACAAAUUGUUCAACUUAUAUCAAUACCAAUACAACAAUUAAUUGGUAAUAUUGAACGAAUAAAAACAAAUGUAACUCGAAAACAAGAAGAAUAUGAAAAUCAAAAUCAACAACAAAAAGAUUAUCGUACUCGUAUUGAAUUUUUAUUUGAAUGGCUUAAACAAACACAUAAAUAUGAACCAUUAAGUGAUAAACGUGAUUUAGAUUCUCUUCAACGAGAACAUGCACGUUUAAUUGAAAAACGCCAACUUAUUGAUGAAAAAUCACAUGAUAUUGAUUUAUUGCUAAGAAAUAUCAAUAGUUCAAAUUUACCAAAUGAUACUUUACAAAGAUUACGUCAAGAAAUUGAACAUUUAAAAGAACGUUUUGCUGAAACAGUUAUAGAACUUGAAACUCGAACAACAUUUAUUAAGAAAACAAUCAAAGAUGUAGAUGAACAACAACGUAAACAUCGUACUUAUCAAGAAUCACUAAAUAAACUUUCUUCACUUGUACAGCAUGAUUAUCAAAUACCUGGCAGAUCAAUUGAAGAUGCAUUAAAAGCACUUGAUGAACAAAUGAUUAAAUUUGAAAGUCAAAAUGAAGAACGAGAACGACGUAAACGUCAACGUGAACGUGAAUGGCAUUUAUUUAUGGAUGAAAUAAAUUUAUUACAAGAUAAAUUAAAUACAUUUAAACAACGAAAAAUUAAUACACAAGAUUCAAUUGAAGAACAACUUCAUUUUAUACGAAUGCAAAAUCAAGAAUUAGAUCAAUAUCAAGAUGAAUUAUCACAAUUAAAACAACAUGGACAAACUAUGUGUAUUGAAGAUGGUAGUUCUAUGCCAUUACCAUCUGAAAUUCAUCUUCUUCAAUCAAUGAUUACCUUUUUAAGAGAACAAUUUGAACAACGUCGUCAAUAUUUACUUCAAGCUGAACGUUCUCGUGAUAUUUAUCUUAAUGAAUGUAAAUUAUAUGAAGAUAUAUUUAAUUUAACAAUGGAACGUCUUAGUCGUUCUAUUCAAGUUGCAUCUACAAGUGAUCAAUAUGCACGUCAAUUAUCUGAAUAUAAAAUUUAUAAUGAACAAAUCGCUGAAAAACAUCGUCAAUUAAAUAUUUUAUAUGAUAAAUUAGAUCAUGAUACACGUACACGUUAUUUAAAACAACAUAAUGAUUUAGAAAAACGUUCAAAUGAAUUACAAGAUAAAAUUAUUGAACAAACAAUUUAUUAUGAAUAUUUAUUACGUAUAUGGAGAGAAUAUGAAACAAGACUUGAUGAUAUUAGACAUCAAAUAGAUGAAAUACAAAAACAAUUACCAUUAACAAAACGAUUAUUACAUUUUGAACAAAUUCAAGCAGCUUUUGUUCUUUAUAAGGAUUUAAGACAUCGUUUAAUUGUUAUCGAACCAGAAUUAUUACAUUUAAAUGAUGAAAUACAAAAUCUUUGUAAAGAAUUAAAUGUUGUUUCAUUAGAAAAUGAUAUUAUUAAUGUAAAAGAUAAUUUUAUUAGAAUAUCAAAUGAUAUUAGAGAAAAAUCUGAUAGUCAUAAAAGUGCAACUGUUAUUGUUAAUGAUAUAAAACGUAAUUUAACUAAUCUUGAAGAUACAUUAAGUCAAUGUUCAAUUGAAUCACGAACAAGAUAUGAUGGAGAUAUAAGCGAAAUGAAAAAUCAAUUAGAACGAAUGAUGGAAGUAGAAAAACGUCUUGAAAGUAUUGGAGAUGUUUAUUCAAACACAGAAGCAUUAAUAAAACGUUUAGCAACUUAUAAUUUAUAUGAUUUACAAUCAACUGAAGCAGCAUUAGAAAGUUUUCAUCGUAAAUGGACAUCACUUAAAACAGAUAUUUUACGAAGUGAAAAUAUUCUUCAUCAAAAUAUUAUUAAUAAUUUACCAUCAAGACAAGCUUGUAAAGAAAUACUUUUAUUUAUUGAUACAAUUAAACGUUUAUUGGAUGAUGAUCAUGGUGCACCUGUUAAUAAUAGAGAAACUUUACAAAAAUUACUUAAACGAUAUCGAGAUAUGCGUGUAGAAGUACUCAAUCAUCAAAUGACAAUUGAUUUUCUCAAUGAAUCAUUACAACAAGAAGCAAAUGUAGAUGUAACAAGUAUUGAUUAUAUGGAAAAAAUUAAACAAAUUAAUAUUGAUUGGAUAAGAAUAAAAUCAUUAAUUUCAGCACGUAUUGAUACUUUAGAACAAUUAAAUGAUCAAUUCAAUGAAUUUGAUCAAACGGUUCGUACAUUAUCUGAUUGGGUUCAAGAACAAACAUCUGAUCUUGAAUUUAUGCGUUCAAGAAAUAUGGAAGCUGGUGUUAAAGAUAAUUUACGAAAAUGCGAUGAAAUUGAAUAUCAAUUAACAACUAAACAACAAAUUCUAACAUCAUUAAAAUCAUAUAGUAAUCGAAUAUCAUCAACAUCAACAACAUUUCGUAUAUCUGAUCAAGAUGGUACAAUACAAAAUUUACGUCAUAUGCUUGAUCAUUUAUCACCAUCAAUUGAACAAUUAAAAUUAAAAUCAAAAUCAAUUUUAUCUGAUUGGCAAGAAUAUAAUCGUGUUUUACUUCAAAUAGAAAAAAUUAUACGUGAAGCUGAAGCUGGUAUUGAUCGUGUUCAAACAAGUGCAAUGAAUGUUGAAACUUAUGAAAUGAGUACAAGAAAAGUUCAGGAACACUUACAAAUCAUGGAAUUACAUCGAAAUGAUCUCGAUCAAAUUGUUUCUCAAGGUCGUCAAUUAUCCAGUCAAUGUGAUGGACAAACAUCAUUAAAAAUCAAUGAAAUAACACAUCGUAUUCAACAACAAUGGACAACUGUUGAACAACGUUUACAAGAAAUUAUUAGACCAUCAAGAGAAAUAGUCGAUAAUUGGAGACAAUUUAAUAGUUCAUAUGUUCAUUUACUUGAUCGACUUGGUGAACUUGAAGCUCGAUGGUAUACAAUUCAACGAGAAAAAUUUACAUCAGAUAUAGAAUCACUUUUAGACAAAACAAAAGAUUUUCAACAACGUCUUCAACAACUUGAUAAUGAAAUAACAAGAUUAUAUGAACGUGCUCAAAAAUUAGGCAAUCAUUUACCUUCUAUAGUUGCUAAAAAAAUUGAUACACAAUAUUCAGUUAUUAAAAAUCAAUAUUCAGAAUUAUGUACAUUUCAUGAUAAACUUCAAAGUGAUUAUAAUGAAUUAAAACAACGUGAAAAAAUUUAUUUAGAUUAUUUAAAUGAAUUAAUACAAACAAUAAAUCAAGUUCAAAUAGAUUUUAAAUCACAACAAUUAAAUGAUGAAAAUGAAAUAAAUAAUUUAAAACAACUUCAUGAAUAUCAUACAUUACUUUUAUCAAAACAUGAUUUAAUUGAACGUUUAAAUUCAAAUGAAUUUAUUUUAUAUUUUAAACGUGCUAAACAUUUACAUGAAAUUAUGAUUGAAUAUACACAUACAAUUGAAUUAAUUAAAAAUCGUAUAAAACAACUUGAAAUAAAUCAAUAUAAUAAAUUUAAUUUUGAUACACGUUGUCAAAAAUGGAAUGAUUAUAUACAAGCUAUUGAACAAAAUUUAGCAAUUAUACAAUUAAAUUUACGUACAAAUUAUCAUGGUUUAUUAGAAAUUGAUAAUAAUUUAUCAAAUAUAAUUAAUGAUUUUAAUCAACGACAACAAGAAUUAAUACAAUUAAUUAAUGAAGGUAAAAAAUUAAUUGAACAAAAUUUAAUUAUUGAUCAAUAUACAUUUACUAAACUUGAACAACGUUGGCAAAUAAUUAUGAAAACAAUAUUAAAUAAACAACAAGAAAUAAAAGAUAUUAUUAAAUUAUGGUUAUCAUAUCAAAAUUAUUUAGAAAAUUAUUAUCGUUUACUUAAAAAUAAAUAUGAAUUUGAACAAGAACAAUUAUAUUUACCAACAAUUGCAUUAAUUAAUCAAAUUAAACAAGGAACUUAUUUAAAUUCAAUACAAAAUGAAGAAUUAAAAAAUUUAUUAGAAAAAAUUUAUGAAAUAAAUCGACGACUUAUAGCAUAUUCAGAUAUUAAAACACAAACAAUAUUAGAAAAAGAAUGGAAUGAUUUACAAAAAUCAGCUAAUGAAAUUAAUAUUAAUAUUAAACAAAGAUUUGAAACACUUAUUAAGUAUCGAAAAAGUCCUCGAAAGGAGAAGUUAUUGGGUCGUUAUAAUGAACUUGAUCAUGCAUUGGAUAAUGUAAGUAUUUCAAUAAAAUCAAUUCGUACACUUCAACAACAACCAACAGAUGAACUUAAUCAAUUUAUUUUACAAUGUCAAAGUAAAGAUCGUGAACUUACUCAACAUCGACAUGAAUUACAACGUUUACGACAAAUAAUAGCAGAAAUAUCUCCUGAAUUACAUCCUGAUGAUAUAAAUCAAUUAAUGCAAAAAUUGAAUUUACUUGAAAUUCAAUGGACUGAUGCUGAACGUGUUAUAAGAACAUUAAUUGAUAAUUUAACAAAAAAACGUUCAGAAUAUCAUGAUUUUGAACAUAAAUGUAAACGUCUAAUUGAAUGGUUUGAACAUUUUCUUAAUACUGAAAUAAAUCAUCGUAUUGAUGGUUUAACACUUGAAGCAAGUCUUGAUAUAUUAAAAACUGAAAUACGAAAUUUAAUUAAUGAUAAACGACGAUAUGUUAAUGAUUUAAUUAUAGCAGCACGUGUUUUACAAACACAUAUAACUGAUCAAUUACAAUUACAAACAUUAAAACAACAAAUUGAUCGAUUAGAACAAAUACUUAAUACAACAGAAGAACAUAUUGAAAAACGAAUUAAAAAGACUGAAAUAAUUCUAAAAAUGUUUCAUGAUUUUGAACAAGGUUUAGAAAAUCUUCGUUCAUGGAUGGAUACUGUUGAAACAAAUUUACAAAGAUCAUUAUCAAUAAAUACAUCAAAUGCAAAUGAAUUACGUGUUCAUCAACAAUCUAUUGUUGCAAUCGAAGCAGAUAUUGAAAAACAUAGUACUAUUGUUAGUAGUGUUCUAGCACUUGGUCAUAAUUUAUUAAGUGAAACUGAUAUUCGUUCACGAAAUAUUGGUUCAAUACCACGAACAAUUCAAUCAAUUGAACAACGUUGGUUAUCAUUGAAAGAUUUAAUACGAAAAAGAAAACUUGAAUUGAAUACAAUUCAUGUAUCAUGGAAAACUGUUGAAGAUGCAAUAAAACGUGCAUCAAAAAUGAUUACUGAUCAUGAACGAUUUCUUAAUGAAGUUAAAAGAACAUGUGGACAAGGUUUACAAGGUGUUAGAAGUGAAUAUAAAAGUCUUGAGAAUUUUAAACGAACAUUAGAUGAUGAUGAAAAAGAUAUUCAACAAAUUAUAAAUAAUUAUUCAGAAAUUAUUCGAAAUCAUCCAACAGCAGAUCCUACAGGUGAAAUUCGUUCAAAAAUUAAAGAUAUUAAUACUCGUUGGGAAAUAUUAAUUGGAACAGUACAUGAAACAAUGAAAAAUCUUAAAUAUAUGUUAAGUGUACAUGGUGAUUUUCAAUUAACACAAGAUUCAUUAGCACUUUGGUUAACUGAUUUAGAUGUACUUUUAACUAAUCUUGAACAUUUAUCAGAAGCAUCAUCAAAUGAAAAGAUUCGACAAUUAGAUGAUAUGGAUCGAGAAAUUCAAGAAAAACAAACUAAAAUUGAAUAUGUUCGAACAUGUGCUAAUUAUUUACUUAGUAAAACAGUUGAUGCAAGAGGUCUAACAAUUAAUAUGAAUGAAUUAACGAAAUUUUGUCAACAAUUAAGAGAUUUAACGAAACGUAUUAAAAAACUCAAACAAAAAUUAAUGAAUUCAAGCGAUCGUCAUUUGGAUUUAAUUACUUCUGCUCGUUCUUCACCACUUCAUGAAACAUUUUUCUCUACAUUAUCAACACAUAAACGUUUAGCUUCACCAACUUCAUCAAGAUCUCGUUCACCUCAACGUUAUGUUCGUUUACGAGAUCGAUUUUUUCGUUCAUAUGAUCAAAUAGAAUGGGGUGAUCAAUAUCAACGUGCUCAAGAACUUUUAUCUGAUUUUGAAGAUAUUCUCGUUCAAAUUAAUGGUGAUUUUCUUGCCAAAGAAGAAACUUUUCGUUCUGAAACACCAAUUGGUAUUCACGUUGAAGAUUUACCUUUUGAAUUUACUUAUACUCGCAUAUUAACAACAACACGUCGAAAGAUUGAAGCACUACGUGAAAUAAUUCAACAAAUUGAACAAGAAUUAGGUCCUUUAUUAGUCGAUGAUAUUAAUAAUGAUCCAGUCGUUGUUGAUAUUAUGGAAAAAUGGAAUCGUUUACAAACUUCCGCUCAUGAUAAAGAUGAACAUUUAAAAGAAAAUCGUCUACAAUGGAAACAUUUUAAACGACAAUUAGACGAACUUGAACAAACAGCUGAACAAUUUACCACUCUAGAUGGUUUAUUACCUCGAACUAUUUAUUCAAAAACAGAUGCACAUCGUGAUCAAGUUCAACGAUUAGACGAAUUGCAAGCACUUUUAAAAUCAACGAUGGAUCUAGCUGAUCAAUUUAGUGAUGGUACAAGUGAAUGGUUAUUGAUUGAUCAUCGUCUUCAAUCAAUUAAAGAAGCUUUUGAAUUAUUAUCUGCUAGAAAAAAUCGUGAACAUCGAGAAAUCAAAACAAAUCUUAUUCAAGCAGAAGAUAUAAAACAUGCAAUGUUCGAAAUCAGUGCACAAUUAGAUCAUCUUGAAUCAUUAAGUCAUUCUUUAGAACCUGUUGAUGAAAGAGAAAUAAAUAUAAGUAUUAAUCGUACAAAACUUCAUCGUUUUAUUCGUAUUCAUGAUGAUCUUGAAAUAGUUAAUGAACGUUUAAUUAAUAUAAAUGAUCGUUUAAUAUGUCUUUUAUCUGGUGAUCAAUUACGUAUAACAAAUGAUUUAAAAUUAAUGUUUGAUCGUUUAAAUUCAAUAAAACGAAUUGUUAAAAUUUAUCUUGAAUGUCUAGAAAAAUUAUUAGCUACAAAUGAUUUACAUGAAAGUUUUUCAUCAAUAAACCAUUCACCAAUUAGAACAUCGAAUAGCAAUCUUCAACGUGUUUAUCAAUAA